CAAUCGUAGUCUUCCAUCUGGCUUAUCACGUGUAUAGCCGGCAUUUUCAUUACAACAAGCUGGACAGUUUGGAGAAGAUCUUGAAGAGAUGAAAACGUGUUUGUGUCUGCUUGCGUUGGUCGGAGUUGUUUUCUCCGAACCAACUGUUGUGUUCAGAGAAGAGUUUGGAGAUGGUGAAGGCUGGACAAGCCGAUGGGUAAACUCCAAACACAAGAGCGACCAGGGAAAGUUUGUCCUGAGUGCUGGUAGCUUUUAUGGAGAUGCCGAAAAGGACAAAGGCAUCAAGACAUCUCAAGAUGCACGCUUUUACGGAGCUUCUGCAAAAUUUGACUCUUUCGACAAUGAAGGAAAGACACUGGUUGUGCAGUUCACAGUCAAACAUGAACAGAACAUUGAUUGUGGAGGAGGAUAUGCCAAGAUUUUCCCUUCAAACCUUGAACAGGAAGAUAUGCAUGGAGACUCCCCAUAUGCAAUAAUGUUCGGACCUGACAUUUGUGGCCCUGGAACCAAGAAAGUGCAUGUUAUCUUUAACUACAAGGGAAAUAAUCUUCUAACAAAGAAAGACAUCCGAUGCAAGGACGACGUUUUCACCCAUCUGUAUACUUUGAUCAUCAAACCAGAUAACACCUAUGAGGUGAAAAUUGACAAUGAGAAGGUAGAGAGUGGCUCACUUGAGGAGGACUGGGACUUCCUUCCAGCCAAGAAAAUCAAGGAUCCUGAAGCAAAGAAACCUGAUGACUGGGACGAGCGCGAGAAGAUUGAUGAUCCUGAAGACACUAAGGCUGAUGAUUGGGACAAGGCUGAGCAUAUCCCAGAUCCUGAUGCCAAGAAACCUGAUGAUUGGGACGAUGAGAUGGACGGAGAAUGGGAGCCCCCAAUGAUUGACAACCCAGAAUACAAGGGAGAAUGGAAACCAAAGCAGAUUGAUAACCCAGAUUACAAAGGAAAGUGGGUUCAUCCUGAAAUUGACAACCCAGAAUACAGUCCUGAUGAUAAACUUUACCAUUUUAAGGACAUUGGGUUUAUUGGAUUUGAUUUAUGGCAGGUAAAAUCAGGAACAAUUUUUGACAACAUCCUUAUCACGGAUGAUGUUGCUUUUGCUGAAGAAGUAGGAAAUGAUACAUGGGGAAAAACGAAAGAUCCUGAAAAGAAAAUGAAAGAUGCUGCUGAUGAAGAAGACAGAAAGAAGAGAGAAGAAGAAGAAAAACUUCGCAAAGAAGAGGAAGAAAAAAAUAAGCCAGAAGGUGAUGAUGAGGAGGAAGAAGAUGAAGAUGAUGGUGAAGAGGAAGAAGAUGAUGACCAAGAAGUUCACGAUGAAUUGUAGAUGACAGCAACUAUUUCAAUUUGUGAUUUGUACUUGUUAGUGCAGUAUUGGGAUGAACGCUCAUUUUUAAAAGACUCAUUCAUCAAUCAUUUGGGGAACUUAUGUUUUUGUUAAUUUCUACCAUCACUGGGAGUACUUUUUAAUAUAACAAGGGGACUAGAAUUUAACUUAUACCAUUGUGCAACUGUGUUUGAAUGCUGUGUAAAUGUCGUGUUAGGAGUUGAGAUACGAAUGAAGGAGUAUUUGUUGAUGUUAGUGACAAAGAGAAUUGAUAGGUGUUUGGUACCUGGGCUUGCUUUUACAGUCUUUCUGAGUAGCUAAUGUCAAAGAGUCCCUGACAUAAUCGUUUAAAGGGUUGGAAAUUCAACCCGUUUCAAACUUUAUGAGUAAUAAGUUCUGUUUUUUAAGUUUCCUUUUGUAGUUUUUGAUCGUCGUUUCUUUACCUAUGAUUUAAGACUGUAGUUUAAGUCCAGGUUCUGUCAAGUGUUUUGAUCCGUGACAUUUAUUGGUAAUAAACACUCUGUUUUAUAAAA